CGUCGCUGACGUCAUAGAAAUGGCGGAUAUGGAUUAAACACGAGGGUUUUUCAGAGUAUUUUAACCACUCCAACUGUACGAGGUGUUUCUUCAGGCUCGAAUUUACGAACAUAUAAGAGUGAAAUGGGUGACCUGUCGUCGCUGGGUUUGUCAGGCUGGUUGGUUCAACAGUGUAAACAUCUGGGAAUCAACAAACCCACUCCUGUCCAGGUAAACUGCAUCCCAGCCAUCCUCGAAGGUCAGGACUGCAUGGGCUGUGCCAAGACUGGCAGUGGGAAGACGGCAGCGUUCGUGCUGCCUGUGCUGCAGAAACUCUCCGAGGAGCCGUACGGCAUCUUCUGCCUGGUUCUGACUCCCACCAGAGAGCUGGCCUAUCAGAUUGCAGAGCAGUUCAGAGUUCUGGGGAAGCCUUUGGGUCUGAAAGAGUGCAUUAUCGUCGGCGGGAUGGACAUGGUGACCCAGGCUCUGGAGCUCUCCAGCCAGCCUCAUGUUGUCGUAGCAACGCCGGGCCGACUGUCCGAUCACAUCCGCAGCUCCGACACCUUCAGCAUGGCAAGGAUCAAGUUUCUGAUUUUAGAUGAAGCAGACAGACUGUUGGAGCAGGGCUGUACCGACUUCACCAAAGACCUGGAGGUGAUCAUGGGCGUCUUACCGGCCAAACGGCAGACGCUGCUGUUCAGCGCCACGCUUACAGACACCCUGCAGGAACUGAAGAACAUCGCCAUGAACAAGCCGUUCUUCUGGGAGAGCACGUCAGAAACGCGAACAGUGGAGGAGCUGGAUCAGAGAUACAUCCUCACACCAGAGAAGGUGAAGGAUGCUUACCUGGUCCACCUGAUCCAGACGUUUACAGAUGAGCAUGACGACUGGUCCAUCAUCAUCUUUACCAACACGUGCAAGAACUGUAAGAUUCUCACCAUGAUGAUGCAGAAAUUUAACUUUCCAACAAUCUCCCUUCACUCCAUGAUGAAACAGAGAGAACGAUUUGCAAACCUUGCCAAGUUUAAGGCCAGCGUCUUUAAAAUCUUGAUUGCAACGGAUGUCGCUUCCAGAGGUUUGGACAUUCCAACUGUCCAGGUGGUCAUUAAUCAUAACACCCCAGGGCUUCCAAAGAUUUACAUCCACAGAGUUGGACGGACAGCAAGAGCAGGGAGGAACGGAGUGUCGAUCACGCUGGUGACGCAGUACGACAUCCACCUGGUUCACUCCAUCGAAGAGCAGACGAAGACCAAGCUGAAGGAAUAUCCUGUGCAGGAGAAAGAAGUCUUGAAGAUCCUUACGCAUGUCAAUAUGACCCGGCGGGAGUGUGAGAUAAGACUUGAAUCAACGGACUUCGAUGAGAAAAAGGAGAUUAACAAAAGGAAACAGCUGAUCCUGGAGGGGAAGGAUCCAGACCUGGAGGCAAAGAGGAAAGCUGAACUGGAGAAGAUCAGGAGCCAGAAGAAGAAGUUCAAACAGAAAAUCAAGGAGAGCAUUCAGGGACAGAAAUCAAAACAGCUCAAAAAGCAACUGAUGAAGAAAAAACACAUUAAAAAGACAAAAGCAGAGGCUUCAUGAGACCUGCCUCAUGUAAAUACUGAAAAGUUGUUUUUAUUACCCAAUGCAUGUUGCUCCUACAAAUAAAUUUAUCCAACCUUC